AUGGCGCAGAAGCGGCUGCUGCAGGAGCUCGUUCCUCUUCAGAAGGAGAAAUGGGUUCACAUUGAGGUUGACGACGCGAACUUGUUCAAAUGGAAGCUGGGACUUUGGGUGGUCAACCCCGAGAGUGUCUGGCACGGUGCCUUUCUCAAAGCCGAGAUGCGGUUCCCAAGCGAUUACCCGUACCAGCCCCCGACCUUCCGCUUCACGACGAAGGACAUUUUCCACCCUAAUAUCUACCCGGACGGAAACCUGUGUAUCUCCAUCCUGCAUAAGCCUGGAGACGAUGCCCAAUCUGGAGAGCUUGCUAGCGAGCGAUGGAACGUCCUCCACGGCGUUGAGUCAGUUCUCCGCUCAGUUCUUCUCCUCAUGGAUGACCCAGAGAUCAACUCCCCCGCAAACGUCGACGCUAGCGUCAUGUACCGCGAUCACCGCGAUAACUACAAUGCCCGGGCCAAGAUCACGGUAGCAUCUACCCAGAAGGACAUCCCCGCAGGCUUGGAGAUGCCCACGGAAAAGGAACUUACCGCGGCACCCGUCAACCCGGUCGACGAUGACCCGGAUUUUUGGAACAUGACUGACGAGGAGGAUGACUUUGGCGCUAGUGAUAGCGAUAUGAACGACUUUGAGGACGACGAUGAUGAAGACGAAACCGAUAAGUGA